GUUAACAAAAGCUCGAGCAGUUGGAGGGGGCUCACGUCGAUCAGGGAAAUCAGUGGGAUUGACGGCGACAUUUAGAAUUGGAUUCAUUACUGGUCCUCGCCGCGGUUCCCGGGAGUUCAGGAAUAAACUUGGCGAAUAGCCGCCCCUGGAAGCCAUCUCCGAUAACCACCACAGGGGAGGGGCUGCGUACAGUAAAGUCCCUGUUAGGACUCAGAAGAGAAAUGAUUAGCGCGAUUUUCGUAGUCAGAUUGAGUACCGUGUACGAUGCGUGAUAACCACGGUGUAAAAAUAGAUCCAAACUAAGAAAAAAAAAAUGUAUCAGUCUGAGCAGAAUCGAGUCCUUACUCUAAAUGUUUUGCUUUUAAAAAUCUAAAAACGGGUGUUGGGUUGAGUGGUCUGAAGGUUGUAAGAUUUACUAGGAAGAAUCUUAAUGUUAAAAUGAGAGAUCUGAAUUCCAGUCCAGCUGUGUGAUCUUGGGAAAGUCCGCUAGUUCUGAGAGCCUUAUUGUAUAAAACGAAGACAAUAAUUACAGUGGUUUUCUCACAGGGUUUUAGUAAAUUCUGUAUACAGUCAGAAUGGUUUGUAAGUGGUUACUGGGUUUUGAGGUACUUAAAUAGUUGAAAGUCACUAAGCCUUCCACUCCACCAUCCCCCGCAAUUUAGUGACGAGAAAUCUAAUUUUUUAUAUAAAUUAUUUAAUUUGUUUAUUGGCUGCGUGGAGUCUUCGUUGCUGCACACAGGGUUUACCUAGUUGCUGCAAGCGGGGGCUACUCUUCAUUGUGGUGCGCAGGCUUCUCAUUGUAGUGGCUUCUCUUGUUGUAGAGCACGGGUCUUAGGUGCGUGGGCUUCAAUAGUUGCGGCACAUGGGCUCAAUAGUUGUGGCACACAAGCUCAGUUGCUCUGUGGCAUGUGGAAUCUUCCCAGAGCAGGGCUUGAACCCAUGUCCCCUGCAUUGGCAGGCGGACUCGCAACCACUAUGCCACCUAGGAAGUCCAAGAGAUCUAAUUUUAAAGUCAUCACAUUUUGCGUGUACCUAGUGUAUCUUCAUCUUUGGAUUCAGUGGUCAGAAAAUUCUUACCUUAAGUUCAUCUUAAAUCUCCCAUGAGCACUUCUAGAGUAGGAUUACUGUCUUAUUCUUUUUUAAAAUGAUUAUUCCUGGAACCUGUAGGGUGCUUGUCAUUUUUGGUUGUUUGUGGGUUUUUUCCACACAACACCCCCCCCCCACCCCUUUUUUUUUUCAAACCUGAACUGCCAGAACUUUAGCUUUGGGUUCACCUAAAGCAAACCAAAACAAUUUAACAGGGAAUAUACUGGUUUUUGUUGCUAAAAGGGGUUCUCAGCUGUGUAUAGACAUACAGGGUGGUUACAAGGAGUUAGGUAAAGAAUUAGAUUAAAAAUAAGCUUUAUUUAGCAUCAUUCUUGAGCAGACCAUCUCUGUGGGAGACAGAGAGGAUACAGCAGUGGAGUUCAACUGGCAGCACCUUUGAAUCACCUAGGGAGCUCCAAAAAUGCUGAUCCCUGGACCCUACUCCAGAGCAAUGAAAGAAAAUCUCGGCAGGGUGGAGCAUGGGUAUCCCACAUUUUAAAGGUUCCCUGGGUUAGUCUUGUGCAGCCAGGAUGAGAGCUUGUGUGUUAGAGAAACAAGGUUCUUCAGGAGUGUAGCUUGUUUGCUGGAGGAGGUGAAAGGCUGGAAGGAUUGGAGCUGCUUUGGAAAACAGCCUGGGGCAUUUGGAGAAAUAUCAUUAGAGGACUCUUAUCAGCAGUACUUUAAGAUUGAUUUCUAAAGAUAUGGUUUUCACCCCACUUCAUCAACGCACAUAAGUUUUCUCCUUUUCGGACCUCUAUUUUAUACCACAAUGCAACAAGCUUUAGAACUAGCUUUGGAUCGUGCGGAGUAUGUCAUCGAAAGUGCCCGACAGAGACCUCCUAAAAGGAAAUACCUAUCUAGUGGAAGAAAAUCUAUAUUUCAAAAACUUUAUGACUUAUAUAUUGAAGAAUGUGAAAAAGAGCCUGAGGUUAAGCAGAAAUUAAGAAGAAAUGUGAACUUGUUAGAGAAGCUUGUUAUGCAAGAGACAUUGUCAUGUUUAGUGGUCAACCUAUACCCAGGAAAUGAGGGAUAUUCUCUGAUGCUCAGGGGAAAAAAUGGAUCAGAUUCUGAGACCAUUCGACUGCCUUAUGAAGAAGGAGAAUUGCUUGAAUACUUGGAUGCAGAAGAAUUACCUCCUAUUUUGGUUGAUCUCCUAGAAAAGUCUCAGGUUAAUAUUUUUCAUUGUGGAUGUGUCAUAGCAGAAAUACGUGACUACAGGCAGUCCAGUAACAUGAAAUCUCCUGGUUACCAAAGUAGGCACAUUCUCUUACGUCCAACAAUGCAGACUUUAAUCUGUGAUGUACAUUCAAUAACAAGCGAUAACCAUAAAUGGACCCAGGAAGACAAACUUUUGCUUGAGAGCCAGCUGAUCCUAGCUACAGCCGAACCACUAUGUCUUGAUCCUUCUAUAGCUGUAACCUGCACUGCAAACAGGCUGCUCUAUAACAAGCAAAAGAUGAACACACGCCCAAUGAAACGGUGUUUCAAGAGAUAUUCCAGGUCCUCUCUGAAUCGGCAGCAGGAUCUGUCUCAUUGUCCACCUCCUCCUCAGCUAAAAUUACUUGAUUUCUUACAAAAAAGAAAGGAAAGAAAAGCAGGUCAACAUUAUGACCUCAAAAUUUCUAAAGCAGGAAAUUGCGUAGAUAUGUGGAAACGGAGUCCCUGUAAUUUGGCCAUACCUUCUGAAGUGGAUGUGGAAAAAUAUGCCAAAGUAGAAAAAUCUAUCAAAUCUGAUGACUCACAACCAACAGUAUGGCCAGCCCAUGAUGUAAAAGAUGAUUAUAUAUUUGAAUGUGAAACUGGUAAUCAGUAUCAGAAAACAAAGCUGACCAUUUUGCAGUCACUUGGUGAUCCACUUUAUUAUGGUAAAAUACAGCCAUGUAAAGAAGAUGAAGAGAGUGACAGUCAGAUGUCUCCAUCCCACUUCUCCACAGAUGAUCAUUCAAAUUGGUUCAUUAUUGGAUCAAAGACUGAUGCUGAGAGAGUAGUCAAUCAGUACCAGGAAUUGGUCCAGAAUGAAGCCAAAUGUCCAGUGAAGAUGUCGCAUAGCUCCAGUGGCUCAACCAGCUUGAGUCAGCUUUCUCCAGGGAAAGAAAUAGAACAGCCUGAGACCGUGUCAGUUCAAUCUUCAGUACUGGGGAAGGGAGUAAAACAUCGACCUCCACCCAUCAAGCUUCCCUCAAGCUCAGGAAAUAGUUCCUCAGGUAACUAUUUUACACCACAACAAGCCAGCAGCUUUCUUAAAUCUCCAACUCCCCCUCCUGCUUCUAAGCCACCAAGUCUUUCUCGGAAGUCAUCCAUGGAUCUCAAUCAAGUUAGCAUGCUUUCUCCAGCUGCCCUGUCACCUGCCAGUUCAUCGCAAAGAACCACGGCCACCCAGGUCAUGGCAAACUCUGCUGGACUUAACUUCAUCAAUGUAGUGGGCUCUGUUUGUGGAGCUCAAGCUUUGAUGAGUGGUUCAAACCCUAUGCUGGGCUGUAACACUGGUGCCAUAACUCCUGCAGGAAUAAACUUGAGUGGUCUUCUUCCCUCAGGAGGUCUGCUACCAAAUGCGUUGCCCAGUGCAAUGCAGGCAGCUUCUCAAGCAGGUGUUCCAUUUGGUUUAAAAAAUACUUCAAGUCUCAGGCCCUUAAAUCUACUCCAGCUCCCAGGUGGCUCGCUCAUUUUUAACACUCUGCAGCAGCAGCAACAGCAGCAGCAGCAGCAGCAGCAGCAGCAGCAGCUCUCUCCGUUUACACCACAGCAACCUCAGCAACCCGCAACUUCUAGUCCUCAACAGCCAGGGGAGCAGGGUUCUGAACAAAGUUCUACCAGUCAAGAACAGGCCUUAUCUGCUCAGCAUGCUGCAGUUAUUAACCUUGCUGGAGUAGGAAGUUUUAUGCAGUCACAAGCAGCUGUGUUGUCUCAGCUUGGCUCUGCCGAGAACAGACCUGAGCAAAGCCUUCCUCAGCAGAGAUUCCAGCUCUCCUCUGCCUUUCAACAGCAGCAGCAACAGAUCCAACAGUUGCGAUUCUUGCAGCAUCAAAUGGCUAUGGCAGCAGCAGCAGCACAAACAGCUCAGCUACAUCAUCAUCGGCAUACAGGCAGCCAGUCAAAAAGUAAAAUGAAGAGAGGCACGCCAACCACUCCAAAAUUCUGAGUCUUGCAUUUUUUUUCUCUUUAAAAACAUAAGAGCAUUGAAUCAAAAGGAUUCUGAGUUUCUACUUUGUUUUUGUUUUUUAAAAUGUGUCAGUAUUUUACAUUGCUAGAUAUACAAACUUUAUACAGAAGCACAACCCUAUGAUUUUUAAAUAAAAACAGGGAAAUGGUUUAACAAACCA